AUGAAUUUUGGUCAAAUGAAUUUAUUUGAUUGUGAACGACAACGAUCUUAUUUUGAACGAACAAAUCAAAGAUUAAAAAGAAAAAUAUCGAUUGACAUAAAAAGAGAAAAAAUUCUUGAAAUUCGACGUGUUCAAGAACAAAUAAAUAUGAUGCGUGAAAUAUCAUCUUAUUGUUUAAAAGUAGUUGAAGUUGAACGAAUAUUAUCAGAUUUGGAUAUUGUAUUAAAUAUUCCUAUGGAUAUAAAUCGAACAACAUCAUAUGAUAUUAUUCAUGCACUUAAAAUUGAACAAACUUCAGAUUUUAUUCAAGAAAAACAAAGAGAAAUAAAUUCAAUUAUAAAUAGCCAAGAAAAGCGUAUUGAACAAUUACGAGAUUUUAUUCAAAUAUUAGAAGAAUAUUUACAGAAUAAAUCUGAUAAAUCUUUUUUUGAUUCAACAUAUUAUAUUAAUUAUUCAAAAUCAAUUAAUCAA